AUGCAGUACCGAGUGAUGGCAACAGUAUUGGAAACAAUAGACCAUCCCGCGGAUGUUGUAGCACCAUGUAAAGUGUGUAUUGAGGAGUUAAACAGUUUGCCAGUGGUUCAGCAAAGUCUUCAAGAACAGCUCAAGACAGGAAUCAAGAGUUUAUUUAACAAAGAAGAACAACGGAAAGUUAUUUCCGGUGUCUGUCUUGUCAAUCGUGUCGCCUACGAUGUCACACAAACAGUAUCCCAGAAAGAACCAUUGCCACAAUGGCUCAUGAUUGAUACAGGAAAAGAGAAAUUUGAUCUGCUGCGAGACCGGAGAGUAACAAAAAUACUUUGUAAAGAGGGUAUGGAGAACUGUAGUGUAUCAUGGAUACUUGGUCAUGACGGCAAAGAGGAGCACGGAUUAAAUAAUCCGAGUGGUAUCGCUACCAACUCAAGCGGGCAUUGUAUUUUAAAAGACUGUGGCUUGACAAUCAGGUGUUUGACAACAGUGGCAAGUUUGUGCGACUUUUCAGACUUCCUCCUCUUAUUGAUGACAGCGGUAAAGAGCUAUCGAUUGACAGCUGGCCGGUUUAUCUGGCCACAGACAUGAAUAAAAACAUUUAUAUGCUAGUCAAAGAAAAGUCGAGUCGCGAGCGCUGGAUUUUUAAUUUUAACGAAAGAGCUGAACAGCAUCACAGUUUUCUUGUCAGGACAACGGAAUUCGACUUUAAGCUGUGUAAACUGUCAGUCAGUGAUAGUGGUAAAGUGGUGGUACUGAAGAGUGACAGGACAAAGAAAUGGUCUAUUGUGGAUGUAUAUGAGACUGAUGGUCAUUUUGUUUGCAGUUUUGGAGAAAAAAUCUUGAGUUACUCGUACGACAUCACUGCUGUAAGUGAUGGCAAAGUUAUGGUGGUGGAAAAAGGGGAUCCGUCGUGUGCUCACAUGUUCAGCGAACAAGAUGACCAUCUGCACAGUUUUAAUCUGGAAAAGGCUCUAAGAUCUUUACAAAUUGCAUUUCACAGGGAAAGUAAACAAGUCGUCAUAGCUGGUGUUAAGGGUAUGAUUUCAGACAUCUUGUAUAUAGAAAUAGACACCAAUGAUGGUAAGUUGAUGCAAAGUAUUUCGAUCCAUUUCGGAGAGUUCAACAUAGCUCCGUUUGGGAUUGCAGUGACUUCUGAGGGACGCGUUGCAGUAUCGAUCAUGUUUGACGAUUCAAAACCUGAAGUAAUAAUUAUUUAAAAAACGUACUAAUGUACUGAUUUUCCCUUCUUGCUUUCACUUUUUGUUAGUAGACUAAUUAUUAUUAUGGAUAAAUUGGUGUUUUGCACAAUAAUCAUGCAAUUAACAUAAUAAGCACAAUGCCCUUAUUUUUCACACGGCAUGAUGAAACUUAAGACUAAAGUUUCGUGCCUAAAGUGAAAACUUUUAUAGCCUUCAAUUUAUUAACUUUUGAUGCGCUAUUAUUUAAUCGAACAGAUGCGAUGGAGUUUUGCAAUUUUCAUGGAAAAUAAGUAUUACAUAAUUAAUCAUGUAGGAACUUUAUUGGUAGCUCCAGGCUUAACUAGAGAUAUGAUGCUUAUUUGGCAACCAGCUCUGUGGUCCGCACCUCUUUAGAUGUAUUAAUAAAAUUCCACUUUGUAACUGCCAUAUAACUCCUUGUAAUGCGAAGAAAUAAUUUUUUUAUAUCAUGCCAAGGUGACACGUCUAAUAAAUACUCAGCAAUAAGCUGAGAUAUUUGUUUGUUCUUGUUACCGUGUUUACUUGAUAAUGUAUGGAUAUUGUAAGGAGAAGUCGAAUGUGAUUACCUUCUGUGAGUGAAAGUGUUGAUAUCCAGUCUCCCUUAAAUGCAAGUGCGUCAUUUUUUAUUUUAAUCAUGGUGUUCCUAUAUUUCGAUAAUUUUAACAUUAGCCUUUAUCCGUCUUUUAAGCAUAAUGCGUGGAAAGUUACUGCUGUGAUAGGCCCAAUGUUUGCUUAAGUAGUUUUGAACACUUCUGCUUUCUUGUCGAAUGUUUCAUUAAUCAAGUUUAGUAUUUCAUUAGGCUGUUGUUUCCUGCAUGACGAUUUUCAAACGAGACCAACUGUUAGAUGGUUAAAUAUUAGGAUAAUGAUCCUUGUAGAUCAAAUCAAACUUGUCAGUUAAUGCUAAUUAUUUUAUAGCUGGCGGAGCACGUGGGUGAGAUGAUGCGAAUCCUUUGCUUUGCUUGGCUACUCGAGUGGGCAAGAGUUACAUCUUGCCCGCUGAUGAAAAGUGUAAUUUUUUUUUGUAUCUAGUGGAAAUUAAAAUAUGGUCAAUUAUCAUCAAAUCUUACCACUUGUUGAAUUUGUUCUUGUUUUCUCUUAGGUUCUUCUUUUUCGUAUGAUUUCGAUGAACUUCGAAUACAACUCUUGCCCCACAGCCUCCAACUUCCCGUACCACGUUCUCCCACCUCCCUUUCUUUUGCGGCCCUUUGUUUCCCAACUCCCGCCCUCUUUGUAUUACUCCCGUCUCCAGUUUGAUAAAAAGGACUAUUGAUUUAACAAAUUACUUUUCCAUUACUUUUAAUUUUCGCACGUUGUCGGUAGUAGCUUUAGUCGUGAGCUAUGUAAAAGUUGGCUCCAACUAAUGAUUCAUAAAAUUGUUGAACCGUUUGCAGUUUUGAGCGUUCAGUUUAAGCGCUGAUAGAUCGUUAUUGCACAUUAUUCUUCGGCUGGUCUAGGAGAUAUAUUUUAAAACUACUCGGAUUUCUUCGAGAAGUCGAGGUCUUUUGAAACCUCUCCGGAAAGAUUUAAAAGUUGUUCAUAUAUUCUCUUAUACAUUAAUUCACUAGCAGUAUCAUUUAGCUUUGUGAUUGUGUGAUUUAAAAGAAGCAUUUGCAGAUGCGUGGUCUUAUUUCUUAUUGUCACAUACAAAAAUACUGAAUAAAAGGGGUAAUUUUCUAAGGAAUCUGUGGUGCUGCGUCGGUGGGAGAGUAUAGCAGGUAAUUUGGUGUUAACCGAGUUGAAAACGUAAAUUGGCCACCGUAAAGAGUAAAAAGCUGACGUUUCGAGCGUUAGCCCCUGGUCCAUCGCUCUGACGAAGGGUUAGCGCUCGAAACGUCAGCCAAUUUACGUUUUUAACCUUGUUGUUAGCACUAAAUUGCCUACAAAAAUACUAAGGGUGAUCAAUAUGGCCUUGGACGACGUUUGACGUGACUCGCUUUGCUCGCUGGAUAAUUCCGACUGUUGACACUGUAUACAUGUUUCAUGUUAUCUCAUUCACGACUUACGAUGUAAUUGACUUCGAAAGGUAUCUAAUAUUGGCCUUUGACGAGAGCAAUGUGCGAGAUCUGAAUGAAAAUUUUAAACCAAAUGACCGCACUGCGCGGGCGGAGGUAAAACUGUUUGCAACAUAUGAUCUAAAGGAGAGUUGAUAAUACACGAUCCUUACUAUGGAGACGUUUCAGAUUACGAAGUCAUGUUCGAUUUUGUUCACAGAUGCUGUGUGGAUUUUUUGAAACAGUGUUAGAGAAGAUAGCGACUUACUGGUGUUUCAAUCACCGAGUCAAUAAUUUUAAUGCCUUCGAUUCAGACGCACUGAAGAGAAAUACUAAGUUUUGAGGUAUGACGACGGGUGUAUUCAUUUAUAUUGUGAAGCUCUGACUGCCAGAGCACCGCGAACAAUGGACGAAACAUCGAAACUGCAAUAUGUUUUAUAUCCAUGCAUGCCGGAUUUACACACACAAAUGAGGAUAGACCAGAGCGCCAUGCCAUAUACUUGAAGGGACUGUACAUAAAGUCGAUUUACUAUCGAUCUUCUGAAUGUUUCAUUUAAGGUCACUGCCAAUAAAAUCUGGUCAAAAUUCUUUCAAGUUUCCCGUUUUCUUUUGCUUUUUAGAUCGAGGAAGCUUUUAAGUUGUGUGCCCACCGAAACAAAAACUUUGACAACUUUUGCUAUUUUCGGAAUCUAUACUUUAUAAGCUCCAUAGUGACAUAUAGUUCUUCAUGGUUUGUUUUAUAAGUACCGCGCUUAAGACGAUUUUUCCAAGAGGCACCCUAUUUUGUUGACAGUAACCUCUUUGAAAGUUUUGCUACAUCAAUUUUCUUUUCAAACUUUCAAUCUUUAGCAUCUUAUGGACCCUUAACCGCUACGAUGACCAAAAUGAAUGUCAUAAAAAUGUUCAAACGACAAGGCUGAUUGAUUAUUUCACCGCAGGCUACUGAACAAGAAACAAAAGCAGCGCCACUAAUUUGUUUUCCUGUACACCAAAACUUUGACGACGAAACAAAAAGGAAAAAACCGCAAGAUACAAGAUCACCGCAAUAACUUAAUUUAUAAUGGUAAUUGAAGUAAGUGGAAUUCAAUUUGGUCUGAAAUCAUACGCAUGAUUUGCCUUGAAAUCACAAGUAUGAGUCUAGACCAAAAUUGACAUGAAGUUCAAUUGCCACUUUAUUUCAUCUUUUUUGAAAUCAGAAGAUUGAUUUAUCAUUGCCUAUUAUUCGUUUUUAAAUUUUACUUAGCAGAUAUUUGGCAGUCUUCACAAAAGUGAGUUUUGCAUCAUGAUGGCACAAAACAUUGGAAUGAAAGGUAUUUCAGAGCGUGGCUGUGUUGAUAACGAAAAAAGUUUGUUAUGCACCGUGGUCAAAAAAUAGAUCUGUAACCCUUGACUGUGGAUUCGUUUGAUUAACAGCUCGUAGAAGCGGUAAACUAACUAAAUGUGUGGCUAACUGAAUAUUUCUACGGUGCGAAUUAAUUCUUCGAAGUUUUAAUCAGUGCUGUUAGUACUAAUAAACAGAGAACUGUACAACAAAUCGCUUUAGCUGCUUCACGCUCUUUGAUCUGAGGUAAGGUCAGUCGGCGCGAAGAGUCCCUUAGAAUCUUGCACGUUCGGUUAGAAUUUGCUAGGUUAGAACGAUUUCGUAGAGUUGAAUAACUGAUCUGGAAAUCAAACACGAUGUUUGGAGAGGAUGAAAAAAAUCGAGAACGGAGUCAAACUAAGGAAGAUAGAGUUAAACAGGUUGAGUGUAGAAGAUAAACUUAUGUACAAAGUAGAAAUCAAGUGUAUGCUAUUCAGUUGUAGCAAGUCAAACGUAUCGUGAAGAGGAGCUAAAAAAACCGAAGUGACUUCCUAUGGAGUAAGCUGGUAUCCAGUAAAAAGAGAUUGCGCUUUCUACAAGAAAUUUGAGAAAAAAACCAAACUUGGAAAAAAUUGGUUUCGCUUUACAUAAGUAUCUUUGUGACUUUAAAACCGAACUUGGAAUCACUGUCGGAGAAAAUGCACACCUACCCCUUCCCUAACCCAACGACAGUCAACUGAUAACAAGUUAGGGUAAAAUAAUCAAAAAAACUUCAUAAGUGCAUCUGCGUUUGUGAGAACAGGAAACUGUAUAGUAUAGUCCUAAUUUCUAUUGAGAUCCGCUUUGCGCACCCUAAACGAAACUACAAUUUUCACAAUUGUCACUUAGGCCGAUAAAGAAAUUCGAAUCAAAUGCACUUCGUGCGUUUGAUUUGAAUUUUUUGAUCGACAGUCGUGAAUUAACGAUUAAUUUAUAGGAAGAUGGGACGAAAUGGCUGAGAUGGAUGUAGAGUGAACAAGAAAGAUUAGAGUUUUGAAGUAGAAAUGAAAGAAAAAGAUGAAGAGAAAUCGUGAAAGUUACUAUGUAUUACCCUGAUUCAUUAGAGCUUUCAGACUUUGCUGUAUUCUUACGCCUACAAGAAGGAGCUGACUUACAUCGUGGAGUUGCUCGAGGUUUUCUAUUUCAUAAAGAAAGAAAUCAGGACAACAAAAAUCAAAGAUAGAGUUAGGGCACCAGAGAUGGAGGGUAAUAGAGUACGAAAAAGGAAGAAAACGGCCGUCUUUUUCCGGGUAUCAGCCUGCAGAAUCUUCAAGAUUAAAAAACAAAAAACAAAAAAACAAAAAGAAGAAGAAAGGAAAGAAAGUAAAGUCGAAAUUGAUAAUAAAGUACAACAGAGGAAAAGCUAGUAUGCAGAUCCAAAAUUUAAGGAAUAGGAAAAGGUUCAGCAACAGCAACAAAGAUCUCUCCCAAAGUUCUGUUUGUUACAGUCACAUUUUGUCAUGCGGAUUUUUCUCUUGUGAGGAUAAGAGAAAAAAGUAAAAAAAAAGAAAACUGACUGAAAUUACAAGGAGAUAUUUAGAAACAAAUUUCUUUCUUGCGAACCUUGGAUAUCACAAAAUGGCUUUGUUCAUGACUUUCCUUAAUAACAUUCUCUCGAUACAACGCGUGCAACUUAACUGUAUUGAAUCACGGUGGUUCGUUUUCUUCACAUCAGCUCUUCAAUAAUCUGGAAUGUGCGAUCAGAAUCUCACCCCUAGUCGCAAAGAUGCGUACAAAUCAUGUAAAAACAGUAUUGAAUUUCGAAACUAGUGUCCUAAGAAAGACCAGGAGAAAAAAGAAUGCCUUUUUCACAUGACAGCUCUGGUUUAAGUUCCUCGCUCUACCCAGGAAGGGUUCAAAAUUUCUCUCCUCCCCCGGAAGACAGUCAAAUGCCUGUGCGUUACUCAGCCGGGCAGAGGGGGGGAUGUUGAAGCUUCGAAAUGAGUGGAAUCCAAUUUUCCAAAUGAAGCGCUAUCAACAACUGACCGCAUCAUAGCAAUGCAGUACCGAGUGAUGGCCACAGUAUUAGAAACAAUAGACCAUCCCGCAGAUGCUGUAGCACCAUGUAAAGUGUGUAUUGAAAAGCUAAAUGGUCUGCCAGUGGUUCAGCAAAGUCUUCAACAACAGCUCAAAACAGGAAUCAGGGCAGUGAAGAGUUUAUUUAACAAAGAACGCUGGAAAGUUAUUUCCGGUGUAUAUCUUGUUAAUUGUAUCGCCCACGAUAUCACACAAAACAAUAUCCGUUAAAGAAUCAUUGCCACAAUGGCCCGAGAUUGAUGCAGGAAAGGAGAGAGUUGAUCUGCUGCGAGAUCGGAGAGUAAGAGAAAUACUCGGUAAACAGGGAAUGGAGAACUGUUGUGUAUCAUGGAUACUUGGUCAUGAUGGCGUAGAGGUUCACGGGUUAAAUAAUCCGCGUGGUAUCACUACCAACUCAAGCGGGCAAUAUAUUGUAGCAUACAAUGACUUGACAAUCAAAGUGUUCAACAACAAUGGCAAUUUUGUGAGACGUUUCAGAAUUCCUCCUCUUAUUGAUGACAGCGGUAAGGUGCUAUUAAUUAAAACCUGGUCGUUUCCUCUGGCCACAGACACGAAUGACAACAUUUAUGUACUGGUCAGCGAGGAGAGUCGUAUGGACUCAAACUGGAUUUUUAGGUUUAACAAAACCGCUGACCAGCAUCACACGCUUCAAAUCAGAAGGAUGGGCUUCGACUUUAAGUUAUGUAAAUUGUCAGUCAGUGAUAGUGGUAAAAUGCUGGUACUGAAGAGUUACUGUAAAGAAAAUUUUGGGAUUGUAAAUGUAUAUGAGACUAAUGGAGAGUUUGUUUGCAGUUUUGGAGAACAAAUCUUGAGGAGCCCGUACGACAUCACUACUGUAAGUGACGGCAGAGUUAUGGUGGUGCAAGGAUGCGCUCCGUCACGUGUUCACAUAUUCAGCGAACAAGGUGAUUAUAUAAACAAGUUCAAUUUGCCAAUGUCUACGACCUAUCCAAAAAUUGCUUUUCACAAGGAAAGUCAACAAGUCAUUGUGGCCGCUCUUAAGGAAUAUAUUUCAGACCUCCUGACUAAACUAAUAUGCACCAAAGAUGGUGAGUUUGUGCAAAGUACUGUUAUCCCUAUGGGAGAGUCCGUUAUUCUGGAUGGGAUUGCAGUGACCACUGAGGGACGCAUUGCAGUACUAACCCAGCAU